AUGUUCGAUCGAUCGAUCGAACGUAAGUAUGAGAACCCUGUGCGAGAAAAAGAUGUGAGCCUUUAUGGUUCUCUUAGAACACACCUAAAUAAUAUUGAUACAUCGGAAUAUACUUGGAGAGACCCGGAAGCAAGCAUGGUACUAACAUACGAAUCGAAAAUAGUACAAGAGUUGGGAAAAAGACAGAAGCGUGUAUUUAUGGAACCUCGUGAAAGUAUGAAAUGCGUUCUUCCCAAUUCCGUCAUAUCUAAGUGUAGCGAGUUCGUAGAAAAUUUCCGUAAUUUAAAUGUUCCAAGAGAUAUGGGAGAUAUUAUUCAUAAUAAUUUAUGGAAAGAGAAUGAAUUUGAAUUAUCGAAAACAGCAAAACGGAUUUUAAACGCACUAUCUGGUGUAACCCAGCAUUUGCGACUAGUACAUCCCGCAGAUGUUAUAGUUCCAUUACUUCGGGCAAGUUUGAAAAACCUUCCGAAUGACUAUGUUCUGCUUAAGCACGUAAGAGUUGAUUUAGCAGAACGUCAAAGUCUUGCAAGUAAGGCUCAAAGAAAUAUAGGUGUUGAAUGGCUUGGUUACGUUGAAUCCUCGCGCAUCAACUGUAGUAAAACUAAAAAAGAUGAUGAUUAUAUGAAGCUUUGGAGAGAAACGUUAGAUGGGGUAGCUGGCAAUAUAAUGUAUUUGAAUGUUCUUAUUAAGGAUGCGGGG